AUGGGCAAUCAUCAUAGCACCAGAAAUAACCCGCCAAAUUUUCAUUCUUCGAAGAAUCCAAAAAAACAAAACAACAAACAGCAGCGACACUCUACCGGCGAUUGUAGUGCAACAAUAACAACAAAUUCUUGCAAGAAUGUAAAAGUUCAAGCAACAUCAUUAUCGGCUGCUUCUGUUGGACAACAUCAUCCACUGGUGAAACCUUUGGCUUUGAAUUUACUUCAACAACAACAACAACAAAAUGUUGGUUCGGGAGAUUGUAAGCAGUCGAGUAGUUGGCAAUAUCAGCACUUGAUGAGGGAAGAUUCGAGAAGAUCGACCGUAACAGAGAAUGAAGGAAGUUUUUCUCUUGGUAAUAAUGGUCGUCAAUUGUUGGUCGAUUUUCAUGCUAGUGCCAAGACUCCACGUCACGUAAGAACUAUUAUUGAUGAUGAAGAGGAUGAUAACAUUGAAGAAUCGUUUGUAAUGAUGAGAUCUGGAAUGAUUUAUUCACAUGAUGCUGAUAAUGGAGAACAAUGUGAGAAUCCGCAGGCUUCUCCUUCCUCAGUAAGAACUGCCAACAUACCAAUUCAUUCACACAUCCACACACAAUUACCGACCUCUCCUGUUUCACCUCAUUCUGAUAAGAAAGCUUCCUCCAUGCCAAACCUUGGUGUUAAUUCUCCAUCUCCUAAGAAAAAGCAAGCUCUCAAAUUGCUUGCCAAAAUCAAGAACAAAUUCCAUCACACCAAUAGUGAACGAACAAGUCCUACUGCCUUACAACCUUCCUUGUCAGACAGUGCUCUUUCUUCUCGUUCUGCUGCCUCUUGUAAUAACAUUCAACAACAAUUAUCGAGUUCUUCCCUUUUAAAGAUUGAUUCCCAUCGUUCUAUACAAUCCUAUGCUACAACUAAUUCCAACAAUAAUUCAUCUGCCACCUUGGUUACUAAUGGUCAACCAAACCAUAAACCAUUGAAAAUGAACGAAGAUGGUGAGUAUGUUGAUGAAGAUACAUACUCUAAUAGUAGCAGUGAGAGCUUGGACGUCUCUGAUAGCGAGCAUGGAGACGACGAGGAUUACAUUGAACAAUUUAUUCAAGGUACUAUGGUACAAACCAUUGAUGAUUCCAUUUCCUACCUUAAAAAUUCAAUGAGAAAUCAAUUGGCUUAAUUUUUUGACUAAUUUCCCUAACGUUAUAGUUUAUCGAGCUAAGC